GCAGCUCCAUCCAGCUCCAUCUCUCGGACUGCUGCUGACAACAACACUCGCGCCCCGCCGCGCCUCUCCGCAGAUGCACUUCCGCGUCCUGGAAAACACGCUGACACAAUGAAUGGCUACGGGUCCCCCUACCUGUACAUGGGGGCUCCGGUGUCUCAGCCCCGGGCACCGCUGCAGAGGACCCCCAAGUGCGCGCGGUGCCGGAACCACGGCGUGCUGUCUUGGCUCAAAGGUCACAAGCGCUACUGCCGCUUCAAGGACUGCACCUGCGAGAAGUGCAUCCUCAUCAUCGAGCGGCAGCGGGUCAUGGCGGCGCAGGUGGCGCUCCGCAGGCAGCAGGCCAACGAGAGUCUGGAAAGCCUCAUCCCGGAGUCUCUCAGAGUGCUGCCCGGCAUCGGCAUGCCCGGAGCCGGCGAGGGGAACCAGGGGGCCCCGCCGAGGACUGAGGAGCUGGAGCUGAGGUGGAGCAGCUCGGAGCCGGUGCAGGCCGGAGCGCAGACAUGCACAGAACCGACAGAGGAGGGUCCCGAUGAGGGGUCCGGGGCUGAAAACGGGGAGAGCUCCAGUGAGAAGGAGCAGGACCCGGUCAGCUCCCCUGAGGGCUCCAAACCAAACUCCUGCUACACCCCGGAGCCUCCAGAGACCCCCUCCCACCCGGAAGAGAGCCGCUACAACCUCCCGAAACCCGGCACAGAGAAGGAGUCCAAAACGGAGAGUCCUCAGAAGUAUCCCGUCAGCCCCGGGGAGCAGAGCGUGCUGAUCGAGGGCCUCGCCGGUUCCAUCAACCUGCCCUUCAGCCUGAGAGCCAACCGGCCCCCGCUGGAGGUCCUCAAGAAGAUCUUUCCGGCUCACAAGCCUCCUGUGCUUGAGCUCAUCCUCAGGGGCUGUGGUGGGGACCUGGUGGGGGCCAUCGAGGUGCUGCUGUCCAGCCGGAGUCCUGACGGGAGCGCGCACACGCACCAAGACCCGCACCAGGACGCCCUGUUGCUGCCCUCAAACGGACACCUGUUCGAGCACACGCUGGGCUCGUACCACCCGGUGUCCUCCUCCGCAAAGUGGUCUGUGGGCUCCGCUUUCCGGGUCCCCGAGUCCCUCCGCUUCACAUCCGACUCCACCUCGGGCGUGGUGUCCACCGGCCCUCUCGGUGUCCCCCUGCAGCACCCGUCCUUUCCGCAGCCCACGCGCUACCCUCUCAUGCUGCGCAACUCCCUGACGCGCAGCCAGGCCAGCCCCUUCGUGCACAACGAUGUGACUCUGUGGAAUACCAUGGCCCUGCAGCAGCAGUACCAGCUCCGAUCCGCGGCCCAGUACGUGUCCCCUUUCUCCCCCGCGGCUCCAACCGGCCCCGGUGGCACCGUGUUCCGCAGCUCCCCCCUCCUCCCCUCCAGAGCCUCCGAGGAGCAGCGCAUCCAGGAGGAGAGCUGCACGCUGGGGCCCAAACCAGGCCUCUACUCCCCAGAGGAGGAGUACGAAGAGCGCUCCGACUCCGCAGACUCCCGCAUCCUGAACUCCUCCACCUGA